AUGUCUACAACACCCUACUUGAUUACUGAUUCCUCUGCUGAAUCUUCUGAAGACAUUCAACAUCCCCUUCAUGUAACAAAUUUUGAUACUGAAAAUAAUAUUGAACUCAAAGGCUCUAUCAAUUCUAGUUCUAAAAAUUCUAAUAAACAUGAUCAUUAUGAGCAUGCUGCUAAAAGUGGUUGCUCUAAGAAAAGAUGCUUAAGAAUUAGAAGAAAGCUUGAUCUGGUUCGUGAAUAUAUUGAUAAAUUAAGCGACGAACUUAGUGAUGAAGCCUUUAAAUAA